GAAAUCCUAUUCCAUCAUUUGCGAAACACAAAAGCACUCACGAGCUAGAGGGGCCAAAGGUUAAAGUUUACGAAGCUAUGGCGGCGGCCAAACGUGUACUUUAUAUUGGUGGGCUUGCGGAGGAAGUGGAUGAGAAGGUUUUACACGCAGCAUUCAUUCCAUUCGGUGAUGUUACAGAUAUUCAAAUUCCACUGGAUUAUGAAACUGAAAAACACAGAGGAUUCGCGUUUAUUGAGUUCGAACUUGCGGAGGAUGCUGCUGCCGCUAUUGAUAACAUGAAUGAAUCGGAGCUGUUUGGUAGGACGAUCAGAGUAAAUAUCGCCAAACCCAUGAGGAUUAAAGAGGGCUCCUCACGUCCAGUUUGGUCUGAUGAUGACUGGUUGAAGAAAUUUUCUGGCAAGACUACAGAAGAGACUGAAGAGCCAGUGUCAGCCGGUGGAGAACCAGCCAAUACAACAACAGAGGAAGGUGAACCUCCUGCCAAAAAGGGAAGAAGCAACCCUCAGGUCUACAUGGAUGUCAAGAUGGGGAACAAACCAGCUGGGAGAAUGCGCUUCUUACUACGAGCAGAUAUUGUUCCUAUGACAGCAGAAAACUUCCGCUGCCUCUGCACCCAUGAAAAGGGCUUUGGUUUCAAAGGUAGCAGCUUUCACCGGGUCAUACCACAGUUCAUGUUACAAGGGGGAGAUUUCACCAACCACAAUGGCACUGGCGGCAAGUCCAUCUAUGGACGCAAGUUCGAUGACGAGAACUUUGUUCUCAAACAUACUGGCCCAGGGCAGUUGUCCAUGGCCAAUUCCGGGACUAACACCAAUGGCUCUCAGUUCUUCAUCACUUGUGAUAAAACAGACUGGCUUGAUGGCAAGCAUGUGGUGUUUGGAGAGCUGAUAGAGGGUAUGGAUGUGGUGCGUGCUAUUGAGGCCCAAGGAACAAAAGAUGGCAAACCCAAACAGAAAGUCAUCAUCUCGGACUGUGGAGAGUAUGAGUGAGCACGGUGAAACUGUGUGAGAGUGUGUGUGUAUGAGACUGUACUUGUAGUGGUUGGUUAUCUGAACUAAACGGGACCGAGUCAUUUAUUUGUUACUUUUCAAUCUGUUUUGUAUCGGUAAAUCAGUGAUGUAAAUAUGGCAAUAAAUACUUUUAUAAGUAA